AUGUGUUCCGGACCAGCACACGGAUCAAAGAGGCGCUUCAAGUACAUCAACAGCAUUGGUCAUGUUUUCGUAUUCCUGUUCGGGAUGGUUGGAAACCUGACUCUCCUGAGAAUAAUCAAAGAAGAACACAAAUGCUUGAAAGGACCCUAUAUUCUCAUCGGCAGUCUGCUCCUGGCGGUGGACUGGCCGUUUGGUGUCUGUUGGGCUGUAAACUGGUGCCGUUCAUUCAAGAAAAACCUCCGUUGGGAUAACAGACAUGAAGUGGCCUGGACGGUUUUCUGUCUGGUUCUUGUGUUUGCAAUCUGCUGGUUUCCUCUUCACCUAAGCAGGAUCCUCAAGUUAACCAUCUAUGAUGAGCACGAUCCCAACAGAUGCAAAUUACUGAGCACGUUUCUUGUUCUGGACUACAUCGGCCUCAACAAUCACAUGGACGUCUCCGAUACCAACCCAAUGGCUCUGUAUGUGGUCAGCAAACGAUUCAAAAACUACUUCAAGGUAACGUCUUUCUCACUUCCUUGUUGUUCUCAAGAAGAGAACCAAAGUUUCAUGAGGUCAAAGGUCACGGAGCCACCGUCUGACAACAGCAACUCUGUCAAACAAGAGUCAGCAUCUGGUGACACUGAGAGAGCGCAACUCUUUCUUCAGAAAUUCGCUUGUCUUAGAACGUGA